AUGUGCACAUAUAAUAUCCAGGAUGACUUAGAUGAGUACUUCGAAUUAGACUUUUCGCACGAAACAAUUGACGGAAAAGAUAUCUUGCUCGACAUAUUGGAGGAAGGCGAGCCAUCUGAGGAUAAAAGUAGUACUAGUAGUAAGUCGAAGAAAAGACCCAGCGGGGGUCAAGUCGAAACCGGAUUUCUCAAGGGAUUGGGACGAAAAUUUAAACGCUCUGGCUACGAUGUACCCGAGAUAGGUAUGGGCCAACCAAAUACCGGCGACAGUAAGAAGCGCAAGGGGCGACACCGAAUGCAGACCUCUGCGUCUGUCACUGGAGAAACAAACCACCGGAAAGGAUACGCUUCCUCCCCUUUCCAAGGUAUGGCGAUGCGCUCGACGUUUGAAGGCACACCCAGCGACAACUCCAACAUGAAUGUGGCGGACGCCCCACAGGACAUGCGAAGAUGCGUGUCGCAGCCUAGCAUCUUCCUGUAUGACGGGAACGACGAGGGGGAAUG